AUGUCGACGGAGCUCGAGCGCGGCAGCGAGGACGGACCCGGGGCGAAGACGUCUCCGUUUGACUCCCCGUUGGGCUCUGUGGGCGCGGAGACGCCUGCGAGCGCCUGCGAGGGCGACGGGAGACGUCCGCCGCCAGACGCCCCGGGCGCCGAGGAGGAUGACGAGCGAGAGGAAGGCGAAGUGCAGGAAGGCCUCUCCGCGCGAGUGAGGCCGCGCACGGACGGCGACGCGGGGAUCAGCGACGCGGCUGAGGCAUCUGAGCGAUCCAGCGGCGCCCGCAAACGUGGCCUAGAGGACGGAGACCAAGGGGCUCCUGCCCCCCGACGGGCGUCGCCCGUCUCCGCUCUCCCGGCUGGGCGCUUGCUCUCCCCCUCCUCUGCGUCGGGCUCUCAGGCCCCUGCGCCGUUCAAAAAGCUGAAAGAGACUGCCGCAGAGGGCCGUGCGGAGGAGAGCAGAGACGCAGCGUCUUCGCUGUCCUGUUCGCCUUCGCCGACGGCUGCCCGCGGCGCAACGUCGGCCUUGCCGCGCCGAACGCCGCCCUCGUCGACUCUCACCCUCCUGCCGCCUCUGUCGGGCUCCUCUCCAGCGCCCGCUGCGCCGGAAGCCUCGAUCGGCUCGCGCGCCGCGAGGGACGCCCGCGAUGAGGAGCGGAGAGACCGCGGCGACGAGCGCAGACGCAGAGAUGACGAGCGCAGAGAAGGACGAAGCGAGCGGAGCGGCCGCGACCGGCGCGAAGAAGACAGACGCGUUCGCGACGAGGACCGAAGAGACGCGCGGGAUGAACGGAGAAGGCGAGAGGUGCGCGACGACAGCCGAGACGGUCGAGACAGAGAGAGCCGCAGGCGCGAAGAGACGACAGAAAACAAAGAGCGGACUGUGCCGUCAACCAGCGUGUUUCGGGCGCCGGAUAGCCAGAAAAUUCGAUCUCUGGAGGACGUGCUGAAACAGCAGAAGACAGAGGAGCAGCCCACGCGCAUCCUCUUUCUGACCAAGAAGCAGCGCGAACAGCAAAAGGCCGCCGACGAGCGCAGUCGCCAAGAAAUGGAGAAGAAGAAGGAACGACAGCUCCUCCAGAACCGCAGGAACUUCCUCAUGCAGCAGGAAAUCGAGAGAGAGAAGGAGGCGAAGGAGCGGCUGAAGCAGCGCGAGAUGGAAAAAAUCAAAGAGGAGCAAGAGCGUCGUUUGCGCGCGGUGCGAGGUUCCGGGAGCACCACGGGCUCGCGCAGCAAGGCGGAAGAGGAGCGCGCGGCGAAGCGCGCGGCUGAGGAGAGAAAAGGCGGCGCUUCGGCGAAUGCCCGAGAGAGUACCUUGGCGGACCUGCGCCUGCUCAACCUUCCCGAACAAGAGCUCCGUGCCCGGCAGCAGGAGCGUGAACUUGAACAGAUUCGAAACCAUUAUCUUGGCAUGAGGACUGAGAAGAAAAAAAUUCAAAAGCCUUCAGAAAAGUUCAGAAAUAUUUUCAACUUUGAGUGGAACGACGCAGAAGACACGUGCAAGGGCGACAACAAUCCACUCUACCAAGAGCGAAUGGAGCCGCAGCUGCUCUUCGGACGCGGGUUCCGAGCAGGAAUGGAUAUUCGCGAGCAGCGGAAGCAGAACAAUUUCUACGACGAACUGGUGAAACGGCGCCAAGAGCAGCAGAGAGUGGAGGCCGCUCGCGGCGCUGCGGAGGCUGCGGCCGCUGCGACAGAGGCCGUCCGCGCAGCGCGAGACGCGCAGAUCACGCGAGCGAGAGAGAAGGAAGACGCCGAAGACAAGCGCGGGCACUGGACAACGAAGAAGCGCGAGGAAAUGAACGACCGCGACUGGCGAAUCUUCCGUGAGGACUUCGAAAUCUACAUCAAGGGAGGCCGGGUGCCGCCUCCGAUUCGCACCUGGGCGGAGAGCGCGCUGCCGUGGGAGCUCAUUGAAGCGAUCAAGCACGCGAACUACGAGCGUCCAACGCCGAUUCAGAUGCAAGCGAUUCCAAUCGCCUUGGAGCAGCGAGACUUGAUUGGCAUUGCAGAAACUGGAUCUGGAAAGACCGCGGCGUUUGUGCUGCCGAUGCUGACCUACGUGAAGGGGCUGCCUCCGCUGAACGAGGAGACAGGGCAAGACGGACCCUACGCCCUCAUCUUGGCGCCUUCGCGAGAGCUGGCGCUUCAAAUCGACGAGGAGACGCAGAAAUUCGCCUCGUUCUGCAAGUGCAGGACGGUAGCAGUCGUUGGAGGCCGCAGCGCCGAAACACAGGCUUUCCAGCUCCGCAGAGGAGCGGAGAUUGUAAUCGGCACUCCAGGGCGAGUCAAAGACUGCCUCGAGAAGGCCUACACAGUUCUGAACCAGUGUAACUACGUCGUUCUCGACGAAGCAGAUCGCAUGAUCGAUAUGGGUUUCGAGGAGAUCGUUAAUUUCAUCCUGGAUCAAAUUCCGACCUCUAACUUGAAGAGCAACGACGAGGCGCUGAUUCUUCAGCAGGAACUGCAAGCAAAGGCUGGCCACCGUCUGUAUCGCCUCACGCAAAUGUUUAGCGCCACGAUGCCCCCCGCUGUCGAGCGACUUGCGCGAAAGUACCUGCGCCAACCUUCCUACAUCUCCAUCGGCGAUCCAGGCGCCGGGAAACGCGCCAUUGAGCAACGAAUCGAAUUCGUUCCUGAGGCGCGGAAGAAGCAACGCCUCCAGGAUAUUUUGGAAACCGCCACGCCGCCGGUGAUGGUUUUCGUCAACCAAAAGAAGUCCGCGGACGCGCUUGCAAAGGUUCUGGGCAAGCUCGGCUACAGUGCGUGCUCCCUUCACGGUGGAAAGGCGCAAGAGAACCGUGAGGCUGCACUCUCGUCUUUUAAAGAAGGAAGCCACGACGUUCUAGUCGCGACAGACGUUGCAGGGCGCGGUAUCGAUGUCGAGGGAGUGCAGCUCGUUGUGAACUUUGACAUGCCAAAAGACAUCGAGGCUUACACGCAUCGCAUUGGUCGUACUGGACGCGCAGGCCGCAAGGGUCUGGCGAUCUCGUUUUUGACCGACGAGGACAGCGCCAUUUUCUACGACUUGAAGCAGCUACUCCUCUCAACCAACAACAUUGUGCCGCUCGAACUUGCGCAUCACCCUGCGACCAAGGCGAAGGGCGGCGACAAAAACCUGAUGAAGCCGAUCUGGUUCAACUGA